GACCACGAUGUCGUCGACAUUAUUACUGAAUUGCGUUCUGGCGGCAUGGCUGCUCGUCACGAUAGGUGCGAUCACCGUGUCCAUAGAUCGCGCUGACAUUAAAACCCCACCAACACGAUCGUCGAUGAUCGCGAAUGGAUGGCGACCCCUGACCAAUUCCUACGAGGAAACGAUCGGCACCAACGUAUCGCCGUCGAGCCACCUAGAGAAGAACGUCCAGGUGCAUCCCGUCCUGAGUAAAUUUCAGGAGCACAUGGCGACCUCGGAGAAACUGAAGCCGUUGCGUAAGGGCAAACCGCCGGUGCACGAGUACAGUCCGCCGAGUAUACUCGGCAGUUUCACGGUGUUCGGACACGCGGCGACGAAGGCGCGCGGCGAAACCAAGACGCCGAGCAAGCACGUGGCUACGGAGACCCGGGAGUACACGUUCCUGAUACCGCCACCCAAGGACGCGUAUCGCUUCGAAGUGAGCCAACACCGCAAGCCGGUCGUGCGCGACAGCGGUGCCUACUUGCCGAGGCAGCCACCACCGCAGGCGUCAGCCUAUAUCGCGGCGCAGAAUGUCCAUCAGCAACCGCCGGAUACCAUACGCGCAGCGACCUACUUCAUCAAGGGUUUCUCGAGCAAUCGCCCCUACGUCCCGCCGUUCGCCAUGCCGCAGGCGUUGCAGCCACCGCGCCAACCGGAGAAAACGUUCGAGUCCCUGAAGGUCGCCAACAGCGCGAAGCCGUACUUCCAGCCGCCUGGCGCGGAGAUCCCGAGCGACUUCGGCAAGCAAAAGAUCGGCGGCGACGGAGAUAUUUACAGAUAUCCGGCGCAGUCUCACAACUCGCAGGUGAUAAGCUCGGCGAGCACCGGCAACUUCUACAGCCAAGUGAAUCAUCCCGCGAAUCACUACAAAUCCACCUACGAGCGAGACCCCGCCUUCCUGGUGCACGAGAGUCACGAGGUCAGCUACGCAACGCCACCCGGCACGUACAGCUCGUACAGCUUCCGGCCCUCGUUGCCGUACGAGACUCUGCUGCCGCCCUCGAUCUACUCGUCAACGCCACCGUCCACCACCGCCGUCACGCGGAAUCCUGCCAGCAAAUUCGGCCAGGCUAACGACGCGACUCGAGAGCAGAACUACAACAAGCGUCCGGAGCCGGGAACGCGUAACAAGCAAGAAAAAGGCGGUCAGACCGAGUUACCUAAUCCGAGAACUACGAGCACUUAUUACGUGGCGGAGCACCUGGAGCACACGCCGCCCACGUGGCCGAAGAGCAAAUACACGUCCGACAACAUCAACGAAGUUCUGCCGAAGGAGAAUCCGCCGAGCAAGUUCAGUCAAGAGGUCGUAAACCAGAAUCAGAUUACGCAGGGCCCGAAGAUCGUGUACCAUAGACCGCAAAGCUCCUUCGAGCCCGUUGAGGUUUACCCGCCGACGACGAUACCGAAUUACGAGACGCCGGAGAGCAUCUCUCUGAAGCACUUCAAUGAGCAACAGUUUCUGCUGCAGCAGCAGCUGCUGCUGCGCGACCGGCAGAGACUGGCGGAGCAGGAGCGCCAGCAGAAAUUGGAGAUCGAACGGCAGCAGCAGGAGGAGCUGAAGAAGCAGCAGGAGCAGAUUGAUCAGCUUGCGCAACGGGAGAACGAGGACGAGGAGGCGGCUAGAUUUACGGAGUCCGCGAAGAAUCAGUCGCAGGAUGUCGCGAAGAUCUCGGGCCAGCCGUACGCCGUUCAAUUGGCGCAGUACGAACCGCAGGUCACCACGGAUGGAAAUAUUCUGGUGUCGCAGCCUGGUAUUUACAAUAUCGAACAGUUGAGACUUCAGCCUCAGGUAUCUCAGUUCCCGGAGAAUCAGGUGAAUCAGAAUUAUCAAUACCAGCAGCACUACCAGAACGGGUAUCAGGAGCAACAGGUCCGUUAUCGCGAGCCCCAAACCGAGACGCGGCCGUACCGUCCGCAGAAACCGUCCCGCGACCCGCAACGGCGCAAAAAGCCGACGGCCACGGUGGUCGCGCACGAACUCUCGCCGACGGAUCCGCCGAGCCAGCCGCCGGAUACCGCCAUUCCGUUGACCCUGUACGCGGAGGAUGUGCCGAUUCAGACGACGGUGGUACCGGAGGUGCAAACCGCGCCAACGGCGACGACGCAGAGGUCCAGAGAAAGGACGCGUCGGCCGGCCGUACCCAAUCGACGAAGGAAACCCGCGACGACGACGCAGGAAUCCGUCACUACGUCCUACCCGGAGGAGGACUACCUCAAGUACAAUAGGGAGGACGUGCAGCACAAUAAUCAGCACGACUCUUCGCGUAGAAGACGAAUAAAACCCACCACCCAGCCGAAUUACAACGAGGACGCGGAGAAGAGGGGAGGGAAUGUCAGGAAACGACCGAGCCAUCGGACGAAAGUGAGCCACGACGAGUCGUACGACGCGCAGAUCGUCACGGAGAAUGUGCCCGUCUCCCUGAACGCUUACGGACAGACCACGGAGCCGAGCUACGAAGAGAACAAUCAGUUCGCGACGAAUCAGCCGGGCGUAUCGUACGUGACGGGCCAGCCGAUUAAUCAGUAUUACGACUACGCCUCGCGGCAGAAUGAGGGUUACCGCGAGGAUCAGCGCGAGGACAGCGCCGUGCCGCAACAGGCGCCGGAACAAGUGUCGGAAUACCUCACGGAGAUCAGCCGCGGCAAGGUCGAGGAUUACAACGUUGACACUCGUCAACAGAACGUGAACAUCGCCACCAACAUACCGCUGGAGGAUCUCUACGUGAAGACCGACGGUAAUUAUUACGAUCGCGCGACCACGGACGCGCCGACCACCGCGACGACGACGACGACGACGACGACGACCACCCCGCAGCCGGCGACGCAGGCACCGCAGGUCGUCACCUCCACAUCGAGGUCGCACAAGAUCCGCCCGUUGAGAUACGGCAACGCCACCCGACCGCGUUUCAGCAUCAAGGAUUACAAGAGCCGCAUGGAUUACAAGAACAGACUGAGCUCCACGACGGAGGUGGCGCCGACGCCGUCCAGCGAGGCCUUGACGCGCGGUCCGCACAUCAGGCAGAGAACGUCGAGCGCGAAGAGUCAGCAGACGCAGCUGACGGGCGACAAUGUCCGCGAGACCACCGGCAGAUACAAGUACGUCUCCAGGGUAAACUAUCGAACCACCACGUCGUCCCCCACGGCCACUAGGGAACACGAUCGAUACUCGGAGGAGAGCGCGUCGUCGACGACCGAAAAGACCAAGUUUGUGCCGAAGAGACGACCGAUCAGCGGCAACGUCUACCGAAGCAGAAUUGCCUCCACCACGACCAGUCCCACGCGAACGCAGAUCAGCGGCGAGACGAACGUCAGGCAGAGCUCGGCGCGACCCGAGAACGUGUACUCGUCGUCGAUACGCAGACGGCCGAUCAUGAAGAGCAGGCUGCAAAAGGAGAGCAACGCGGAUAGCAGCAAACGGCAGGAAGAGCCCACGGAGAUGGCCGCCGAGGAAACCAGUUUCUACUCGACCGCCUCGUCGACCGGUCGUCUCGUGGGCAACGAGAUCGUCAGCGAGAAGGGGGAGGCGGCGUCGGCGGUGAAACUCGGCGUGCAGGAGAGCAAAAACCAAGGAAAGACCGUUUCGCAAAACGAGGAGACGAGAGCGGCGGCGCCGCCGGCCGGCGACGAUCGCGGACAGAUUUCGAGCGACGAGACCGGCGACGAGCAGACGGGUCGAGUCGCCGAGAAGCCGGAAAACGCCGCGACCGCCGGAAGCGAGGACAGCUCCGCGGCGCGGGAGGGAGGCGAGCCGGAAGCCGCGGAGACCACGACGAAGUUCGACGUGCAGUCCGACGAGGAGGAGCUGUUCGCCAAGGCGUCGCAGAGCGUGGCGGACCUGACGAGCUCCGCCUCCGCUCUGUACGACAAGCCGGGCAUGUUCAAGGCGGUCUCGCCGGAGAGCAGGCUCGUCUCGUCGCAGUUCAAGAUCACCACGGACGAGCCGACGUUACCUAUCGAGGCCUUCUUCCAGGAGCUCUCGAAGAAGAACUGAUGACUCGGGGUAAAGCUCUCUCUCUCUCUUUCUCUCUCUCUCUCAUUCCACCGCGAGCAAAUCGCGUCGAAUCGUAGCACACGCGAUCGACAAUCGCGCUUCGAGGAGCAACGAGAGGAAACCGUAGGAGUACCCGCGAGCUUCCUUCGAGAAGCGAAACACAUCCGAGAUUUAUUUUCGAUAAUGGUUUCGUAGGAAAACCUAUAUUUCAAAAAGAGAAUCUGAAAACAUUACGUCGGAAAAAGAUCUACAGAUUUCUCGAGGCAUUCUAUUACUUGGUCUAUAAAAACGCUAAACGUAGAAAGUUUCGAGAAACUGGAGGAACUUAUACCUUAUGUGCACCGUAGUCUUAUACGUACUUUAAUUCCGCUUCUAAAUUAUUGUCAUCGCGCCGUCGUUUCCAUCGUAGAAAAUUAAAACGCGCUCAGGGCACGUCGAGCGCUUCUAACACACUAUCAUCAUUUCGAACGUACAUACAUAAUUUCCUAUAGAUAUUAGAAAAACAAAGGGAUAAUGAUUAAGUGUCACAGCGAAAACGCGGUGGGAGAGAAGAAGCGCUGCUGCUCGACGAAACUCACUCGGUGGAGCAGUCGCGCUUUUUUUCUCGCGAAAGAAAGCUCGGCAGGACAUUGCGUGUGCAAUAACUGUUAAAAAGCGAAUUAUUCGACCUACUCGUGUCCUGCAGCAAUAUCCCUCGUAUACGUUCUUUUUAUGUAUUUUUACGUUAGGUGAUACUCGUAAAAAGAGAGAGAUACCAAAAGCAUAUUUCGCGAAUUAGGCAACGUAACGAUAAUGAUCAUUGGGAAACGCCUUAUUAGUGUAAGCAUGCGAAUCAUCCCAUUGUGUAUUUAUUUAAGAGAUCAUUCCCGAAAUCAUUUCUCGUCAUGACAUCGGAACAAAGGAACUAACGAAUGCGCUACGAGAUAUUGUAAAUAUAAGUACGUAGCAUAGAACUUUCAGAGUUGCUCCCAGCAGCUAGAUUCUGUAACUCUUAACGACAAUGUCGUUAUCGUUAGAUUGUGUCAUUUUGCAGGUAGAAUAUAUGGUGAAAAAUAGCUGCGUUAAAAGUUACAGAAUCUAGAUUCUCGGCAGAAAAUCGGUAUCGAAUUUUAUUAAAAAAAAGACAAGAGAUACUUUAAGGUCGUAAAAAGAUUUAGCAAAUUAUUGCUAUAAGUAGAUUCUUCGAAUUUUCUACAAGCAUCGCAUUGUUUAGCAAUUAGAAAUAACCAUUUUGAAAAAACUGCCACAUUUCGAAUUAUUACGCGGAGACCAGAAAUUUUGUUUACCAAGAAUUCAUAAUCCUGCCUAAUCCUAUAUUCAUAAGUAUUUUGUAUGCCGAUAUAGAUAAUUUAAUAUUUUUAUAUUUGAUUAAAAUUUAAGAAAUACGCACUUUAGGUAUUAUAUUUUUCUAAA